AUGUGUGACGACGAAGAGAGCACUGCCCUUGUGUGUGACAAUGGGUCCGGUCUGUGCAAGGCAGGCUUCGCCGGGGACGACGCCCCCAGAGCAGUAUUCCCCUCCAUUGUGGGCCGUCCCAGACAUCAGGUGAGCCGCCAUUCGUCCAUCAUAAGAGAGGCUGGAUGUAACCGACUUCUGAUUGGGUGAUUGGAAUGCAUCCACUUUUUGACCGUAGUCUUUCACGGUCCCUGUUAUAUUCUUAAUUUCAAAGCAUUUUUAUUUAAAUAUUUCACUUUUUUUUUCUCAUUACUUUACCCAUCAUGGUUAAAUCUCCACACAGCAAAGCCUAUUUGUUGAAUUUCAGUGCUAGCAAUAGCAUCCACUUUACAGUGUGGUGAGUGUGUUUCUGACCAGCCUGUUCCUCUCCUCAGGGUGUGAUGGUGGGUAUGGGACAGAAAGACAGUUAUGUGGGUGACGAGGCACAGAGCAAAAGAGGUAUCUUGACCCUGAAGUACCCCAUCGAACACGGCAUCAUCACAAACUGGGAUGACAUGGAAAAAGUAAGCCUACCACACCCUACCACACCCCACCACACCCUACAAGAAAACAAUGACACACAGACUCAUAAACACACAUGAUUUAGACGACCAUACAAAAAUUGCAUUGGAACACAGUAACACAUUCUAACAUGGAAUUUGAUGUACUUAAAUUUUCCAUCAUGGCACCCAAAAAUAGCCCCUCAGCCAACACAACUCCCCGGAUGGCACUUUGGGAUCCAUCCAGUGGCAUUUAGAUCCAGGAUCUAUUCUCAGAACUACUACAUGAUCAUUGGUUAGAUAAAGAUGGAGUUAGCUAAAGAGAUGUUAUGCUAAUGGUACCCCCGUCCUCCACCAUGCAAGUUUUGUCAUGUAAUCUAACUAUGACUCAUCCCCGGUGACUAAGAGACAAACAUGUCAACCAAUUAGCUCAGGGCACACACUGUCAUCCCCUCAACAGAUGCAUGCAACAGAUGGUGUUAUUCACUUAGAAUCGCACAUUUCUCUCAAAAUCGACCUCAAUGUUUUUGUGUGGCAUUUCAACAAGGGCCUCAAUAGAACCCCAUAUUUUUUCAACAGGUUGUGGUGAGGCUGUUGUUUGAUUGGUUGGUGUGUUUUGUGUUGAUUGGCAGAUCUGGCAUCACUCUUUCUACAAUGAGCUCCGUGUGGCCCCAGAGGAGCACCCCACCCUGUUGACAGAGGCCCCCCUUAACCCCAAAGCCAACAGGGAGAAGAUGACCCAGGUGAUGACCCUCAUACACUACAGCUGGGACUUGGUCCAAUGUAUAUUUCUAACCCAGCCUUUUAAGGCUGUGUAAUGCACUUGAUAUAUACAGAAGGAAUGUGUUACAUGAUGCUAUGACCUUUGAUUAGUGCCAUGAGAAUGGUAUGCUUACUGUCAAAAUGUUAGUGUGAAAAAUAACACUGUAACCUAAACAAAUGUUCCUGUUCUAGAUUAUGUUUGAGACCUUCAACGUUCCAGCCAUGUACGUAGCUAUCCAGGCCGUUCUGUCCCUUUACGCCUCUGGUCGCACAACAGGUCAGUCUAACACACCUAGUCAAAACCAGCCUCAUUUUACACUGACCAUUCAGUUCCACUGAGUCUUAACCUUGUGUCCUCCCAAACCUGUGUCCUCCUAAACCUGUGUCCUCCUAAACCUCCACAGGUAUUGUCCUUGACUCUGGUGAUGGUGUCACCCACAACGUCCCCAUCUAUGAGGGUUAUGCCCUGCCCCACGCCAUCAUGCGUCUGGACCUGGCUGGCCGUGAUCUCACUGACUACCUCAUGAAGAUCCUGACCGAGAGGGGCUACUCAUUCGUCACCACUGGUCAGUAGGAACUGUGGGAUGGUCAAAUCUCUGAUGACACUAUAUUUUCUCAUACUGUACAGUACAUUACUUUUAAGCAGAGGCCUAUGCGGAUACAGAAGUGCUGUUCUACCAAUCAAUCGAAGUUCUUGAUCUAACCUCCCCCGUAUUCUCCUAUCUCUAGCUGAGAGAGAAAUCGUUCGUGAUAUCAAGGAGAAGUUGUGCUACGUCGCCCUGGACUUUGAGAAUGAGAUGGCCACUGCUGCCUCCUCCUCCUCUCUGGAGAAGAGCUAUGAGCUUCCCGAUGGUCAGGUCAUCACCAUCGGCAAUGAGAGGUUCCGCUGCCCCGAGACCCUCUUCCAGCCCUCCUUCAUCGGUAAUCCCCCUCUCUUUUUGUUAUCCCUCUUUCACUCUCUCCAUCUGCCUUUCUCUCAAGAGUUUGAAACAAAGAUCUAUCUCUGUCUCUUGUGACUCAGUGUGAUUUCCUCUGGUUUCUCCCCAGGCAUGGAGUCUGCUGGUAUCCAUGAAACCACAUACAACAGCAUCAUGAAGUGUGACAUUGACAUCCGUAAGGACCUGUACGCCAACAACGUCCUGUCAGGAGGUACUACCAUGUACCCUGGCAUCGCAGAUAGAAUGCAGAAGGAGAUCACAGCUCUGGCCCCCAGCACCAUGAAGAUCAAGGUGUGUAGAAGAUACUAACAUACAGAGUUAACUUACACGUCACUGUGUGAGAUGUUAUACAGUGAUUUGAACUUGUUCAAUAUAGUAUUCCUCCUAAUUGUAAAGGUCUAUUUUUGCCAUUCACAGCCAGUAACGAUAUUGGCCCACUUCAACGCAAUUAUCCUUUCCAAGUUUUGACCUCUUUUCUAUUAAUAUAAAUCUUUGUCUUCAUAAGUGUUUCAGGAUUUGAGUUAAGUUGUUAAGACUCAAUCUGAAGCUGAAUAUCACUGAUAUUGUCUUACUAAGUUUCAUUGUACUGUACCUUAUUCAUUGCACAUAUGUGAUUUGCUCAUUCUGUGUAUUAAAUGAUCUCUUCUGUGUUACCAGAUCAUCGCCCCACCUGAGAGGAAGUACUCCGUCUGGAUCGGUGGCUCCAUCCUGGCCUCCCUCUCCACAUUCCAGCAGAUGUGGAUCAGCAAGCAGGAGUACGACGAGGCCGGCCCUUCCAUUGUGCAUCGCAAGUGCUUCUAA